GAGAAGGCGGAAGGUUGCUCCCGUUGCGUGACGCGGUUUUGCGUGGCGAACUCUCCGCUGAUCCAAGGGGAUCCUCUGGCGACACGCCCCCAGGAGGCAGAAGGAGGGAGGAGAGGAGGAGCAGCGCGAGUUUCCGCUUCUCCUCCCAUUAGCAGCACCUGUGUGACCGCAGCUGCUGCUGCUUCUCCUCCAGCCGAACCUCCUGAUGGGCUGCAUACUUUCGGUUCUGUUCGGUUCGGAUUUUCUCCUCUCUGCGGGUCCAUAAGCGGCUGCCGUUCAUGCACAUCUCGCUGCAGAGAGACGCUGCGGAACUGGAUCGGGAGGCUCCAGUGUGCGGAGCAGGUACGGACAUGCUCACCUCGGACCCGUGGUUCUGGUUCGGGUCCUGGUUCUGGUUUGGAGAACCGGAUUCUCAUAAGAGCUAAAACUAAAAAAAAGAGCUGCAGGAAAAUCUUUAGAUCCAAGCGGAGAGGAGUGGGUUGGACCUGCGGAGGUGAGUCUGCUGCUUUCUGCCUCCAAACUAACAGAAAGUGACUCCAUCACCGGAGGUUCUGUUUGGUUCCUCUCCUGCACCUCAGCAUCUCUCACCUCUCCAAAGAUUGUUUGCGUAAAACUCCGCUCCUUGGAGGACCUGGAGGCUCCAUUUGCUCGCCGUCGGAUGUCCGCUCGUUGCCCCGCAGCCCCCUGAACCUCCAGCCGAACCUUCCGCAGAGCUCCGGGCCAGCAUGGCUGCAGGAGUCGCCGCAUGGAUGCCGUUCGCCCGCGCCGCGGCCAUCGGCUGGAUGCCGGUGGCCAGCGCGCCCAUGCCGGUGCCUCCGCAGGAGAAGCGGCGCGGCAGGGACGGACUAAUCGUGCUGAACGUGAGCGGAACCAGGUUCCAGACCUGGCGGGACACCCUGGAGCGGUACCCGGACACCCUGCUCGGCAGCUCGGAGCGGGACUUCUUCUUCCACGAGGAGAGCAACGAGUACUUCUUCGACCGCGACCCGGACAUCUUCAGGCACAUCCUGAACUUUUACCGAACCGGGAAGCUGCACUACCCGCGCCAGGAGUGCAUCUCCGCCUACGAAGAGGAGCUGGCCUUCUUCGGCAUCAUCCCGGAGAUCAUCGGGGACUGCUGCUAUGAGGAGUACAAGGACCGGCGGCGGGAGAACCAAGAGCGCAUCCAGGACGACGAGGAGAACGAUCAGACCAACGACCUGAUGCCCGCGGACGCCAGCUUCCGUGAGACCAUGUGGCGCGCCUUUGAGAACCCGCACACCUCCACCAUGGCGCUGGUCUUCUACUAUGUGACGGGCUUCUUCAUCGCCGUGUCGGUCAUGGCCAACGUGGUGGAGACGGUGCCGUGCGGCGCCGCGCCGAACCGCGUCAAGGUGAUGUCCUGCGGGGAGCGCUACGCGCUGGCCUUCUUCUGCCUGGACACAGCGUGCGUCAUGAUCUUCACGGUGGAGUACCUGCUGCGCCUGCUGGCCGCGCCAAGCCGCUACAAGUUCGUCAAGAGCGUGAUGAGCGUCAUCGACGUGGUGGCCAUCAUGCCCUACUACAUCGGCCUGGUCAUGACGGACAAUGAGGACGUUAGUGGCGCCUUCGUCACCCUGCGGGUCUUCAGGGUGUUCCGAAUCUUCAAGUUCUCGCGGCAUUCUGCGGGACUUCGCAUCUUGGGCUACACGCUGAAGAGCUGUGCGUCAGAGCUGGGCUUCCUGCUCUUCUCUCUCACCAUGGCCAUCAUCAUCUUUGCCACCGUCAUGUUCUAUGCUGAGAAGGGCUCAGGCAGCAAGUUCACCAGCAUCCCAGCAGCCUUCUGGUACACCAUCGUUACCAUGACAACGCUUGGGUAA